AUUCGUCUCUAUAGCAACGCGCUAAAUCGCACUAUGGCGGCCGCCGAAGGACAAUUCUGCCGCGUCCUCAGCCUCCCGGUUCGCCCCGCCCCCAGGCCCCGCCCCAUCGCGUGUUUCCCAGGCAACGCACAAACCUCUGCUGGCCGCGUCUGCCUUGGGUCUCACUCAGUAUCUGCGCAAGCGUAGCAAUCAUGGUUUCCAUUCCCGCGUCGUUCCCCUCCAGUGUCGAGGACGAGACCGCACGGCCGAGUAGGCCCUCGGUUACUUGGGAUCUGGAUUUGUACAAGGAUUACAAGUCUUCCUCCAAAGCGACCGCCAGUUCCGGCGCCACUGGAUUACGGCGCGACCAGCGCGGCGACCGCCAAGAAACCGGCCACGGGGUCCAGCCGAAGGUCUACUUCCUUCGGCCACGAACCUCACAGCCAUCGGUGUUCUUCAGUAUAAUGGAUUCCAGUGAAGCAGCAUUGAGCAAAUUUUUACCCAAGAGCCACUUAUCUCGGGUGAUUAUUCGUGACAACCUCAGUGCACAAGGAGUCUAUGAGACAGAGAUAAGAGCUUCAGACAAGACCAAGAAAAAGAUGAGCCAUUUGUACGACCAUCUGAAAAAAAAGUUUUUGACAGACCAACUCAGAAAGCUGGGGCGCUGGAGACAGGAAUCCAUGAACAUCCAGCAGUACUUGGAUAAAAUCUGGACGCACAAGCGCUGCUGCCUGGUGCCAUUUGGCAGCCUUGCCCAUAAACUGGAGGAUCUCAGUGAACUCUGA